AUGACUGCCGCCGCGUCUUUUCUCUUGUUUGCGGAGUUUGGACUUCUUGAAUGGUGCGUGUGCAGGCAGGACGCGACGCAGGCCGCGCUGCAGAAGACCAUCGACUACGCAUGCGGCUCCGGGGCGGACUGCAACUCCAUCCAUGAGAACGGGGCGUGCUACAACCCCAACACCGUCCCGGCGCACUGCUCCUGGGCGGCCAACAGCUACUACCAGAACAACAAGGCCAAGGGCGCCACCUGCGACUUCACCGGCACCGGCACCCUCACCACCAGCGACCCAAGUAAUGCCCCGACCCCCUCUCAUGCCUAG